AAUGUUUCCUUCGUGUUCCUCUCCUUCUCAUUGUCAUCAACCACACCCCUGCAAGACACACAAUGGAAGGCAUCACGCGAAUCCUCUCGCGUCCCACAGCCAAGCCAUAUCGAUCAAGAGACGUCCACGAUGAGAAGAUCCACCUCAACCGCGACGGUCAUCUCGACUUCGGCCCUGACGACAUGGAGAAUCCGAAAAACUGGUCGUCCGCGAGAAGAUGGUACAUCACCGUCGCCUCUGUCCUUCUCGUCGUAAACGCUACAUUCGCAUCUUCCGCUCCUUCAGGUUGUCUGCCCAGCAUUGCCGAGGAGUUCAGCGUAUCAACCGAAGCCGCUGGUCUGGUCGUCACCAUGUUUCUCCUGGGAUACGUCUUUGGUCCGCUGUUCUUCGCGCCACUGUCGGAAUUUUACGGUCGACGAUGGAUCUUUUAUAUUUCCUUCGCUGCGUACAUCGCUUUCAACUUUCUCUGCGCCUUCACGCCGAAUUUCGCUGGCCUGCUGGUCGGGCGAUUCCUUACCGGAACGAUGGCGGCUGCAGCUUUGUCCAACGCUCCCGGUGUGUUGGCAGAUAUCUGGGGCCCAAUCGAGCGAGGAAGCGCACUCGCCGUCUUCUCCAUGAUGACCUUUGUCGGUCCCGCCAUCGGACCCGUCAUCUCGGGCUUCUUGCAGUUGAAAAAGGAUUGGAGGUGGUCAUUCUACGUCUUGCUGUGGUUGGCGGCUCUCACCAUCCCGACCAUGCUCACCAUCCCGGAGACAUUGCCCAGCCAAGUCCUCCUCAACAAAGCCGUUCGAAUCCGCAAAGCAAAAAUCCCUGGCUACGAAAACGUCAAAGCACCGGUGGAAGCUACCGACCGCACAUUGAUGGGCAUCUUCAAAGUCGCCCUUUCCCGACCCUGGAUCAUCCUCUUCGACACCAUCUCCCUGCUCUGCGCCAUCUACGUCUCCGUCGUCUACCUCUUGGUGUACAUGCUCUUCUCGAUCUAUCCCAUCGUGUUCCAACAGCGACGAGGAUGGAACCCGGGUGUUGGAGAACUUCCUCUGUUGGGAUAUGUCCUUGGUGCGUGGCUGGGAGGAGCGAUUGUGUUUUACAAUUCCCAUUUGGAAAAGAAGAAGACUUUGGCCGGGUAUCAGCGGAAACCAGAGGAUCGACUGCCGCUAGCAAUGAUUGGUGGUAUUGUGUUCCCGAUAGCGAUGUUCUGGUUUGGAUGGUCGGGCGAAUACGACUCGGUCCACUGGAUCGUACCGACCAUCGCAGGCGUCUUCUUAGCAGCUAGCAUCAUGCUGAUUUUCGUCGCUUACCUGAACUACAUCACCGACAGCUACCUCAUGUACGCUGCUUCCGCGAUCGCCGCCAACACGGUCGUCCGCUCCGCCAUCGCUGCCGCUGCACCCCUCUUUACAGACUACAUGUUUGAAUCCCUCGGCGUUGGAGGCGGCGCCUCUCUCAUCGGCGGGGUGGGUGUGCUGCUCGCUCCGAUCCCGUUUGUAUUUCAUCGUUAUGGAGGAGCGAUUCGGAAGAGGAGUAAAUUCGCGCCGACGGAUGAGGGAGAGCAUGAGGAGCGGGGAGUGGGGGAUGUGGAGAAAGGUCGGCAAGUCGGAGGUGCUGGUCACGUUGCUGGUCAGGGCAAGAGGAGGAGUGAGUUGAGUACGGAGGCGGAAGAGGAGAGGGAGUUGGAUGAUGUUAUGGGCGUGCCGGAUGAGGAGGAGUUGCAGGAGGAGAUUGAGAAGGAGAAGGAGAAGGAGAAGGAGGAGGACUUGGUUAGUGAGGGGUCGAGUCGGCCGGGGACGGGGAAUGGGAGGUUUCUGGAUCGGAGGGGGUUGGAGAAGGCGGAGUGA